CUCUGAGGACCCGAGAGCGGCGACUGCGGGGCUGGCAGCGGGGCCCCUGGGCCGUGGCAGCAGGUGGUGGCACCAUGUCACGCCGCGCCCGAGCUCCCCUUGGCAGGAAAGGGAAAUAAACCGCUAAUGAGAGGGUGUAGAUGCUCCCAGCAGCGCGGCCGUGGCCCGUUGCCCGAGGCAGUCUCUGCGAGGCUCCCUUCAGCGUGCUCAGAACACGCUCGGGGGCUCACUGCGAGAGCCGCCGCGGGCCCGGCCAUGUCCCCGCUGCCGGAGGCGGAGCUGGUGCGCAGCUCGGUGCAGCUGUACCGGUACCUGCUGCGCUGCUGCCGCCGCCUGCCCCCGGGCCCCAUCCAGCAGCACUACAGACACGCCAUCCGGCAGAGUUUCAAAGUCCAUGCUGAUGAAGACGAUCCUGAGCGAAUCCAGCAGAUCAUUAAGAGAGCCAUUGAAGAUGCUGACUGGGUGAUGAAUAAAUAUAAAAACCAGAAGUAGAAGAGGAAGGAUGAAACCAAGGAAGACAUUGAUAAACAUCCUUAGAGGACUUGCAGUCAAGCCCAGUACUAUAUUAGAAUUAUUGCCUGAAGUUUUCUCUUGGAUAAUAUAAAUACAAUAAUUUAUAUUUCA